AUGUCAUUAUUUAAAGGCAUGAAUUGGACUAAUUUAAUGAAGAAAUUUCAUGAGAUAACACAUUAUCAAUUUUCAAGCUUUCAUCUUACAUGGAAUGAUAUAAAUGAUAUACUGAGAGCACUAGAAUAUGUACAAGACAGAGAAUUAGUUGAUGAUUGUUUACAUGUAUCAGUCAGUGCAAUCCCAAAAUCGCUUUCAUCAACCGACAGUGUAUGUUGUAAUCCUUGUUCAGCGAAUAAACCUGUUUAUUCUCCUUAUCCUCCAACGUAUGCCGAAGCUACAGAAUCACAGGGAUCAUUAUCGUCUGAAACAACUCGAAAGCAAACAAGGAAAAGUUCAAUAAUCGCUGGUUAGUUAUUUCAUAAUGCUUAUUGGUUAUGAUGUUGUCUCACAUCUUAGGAAACUGUAUGAAGUUAUUCAACUGUCUUGGUUGUAUUGUGUUCUCUGAGCCGGGUUGUUUAAUCGUCGUCUUUCUAGAUGACAUCAUCAACACUAACUUCAAUAUGAAGUGAGCUGGCAGUACCUUUCUACUGAUUGCAUCCU